AUGGCGACCGCAUUAGCAUCUCUUCUCGCCCCGCUCAACCUCUGGUUUUCGGCCGUCAACCACGCCGUCAAAGAACCAUACCUCGACGAGGUCUUUCACGUGCGGCAGGCCCAGCAUUACUGCAAUGGCAACUUUGAAAUCUGGGAUCCGAAAAUCACCACGCCUCCAGGACUUUACGUUCUCUCCUAUCUCUUCAAGCCAGUGCUCGGUUGCAGCAUCACCUCUUUGCGUGGGAUCAAUGCGAUAUGCACCGUCGCUCUGGUGGUCAUGUUGCGAGCGACGUAUUCUGUUCGGAGAGAGGCCAACAAUGAGAAGGGAGCGGUGAGCGGCUUGCUUGCAACGCACAGCUCGCUGAACAUUGUGCUCUUCCCGCCGCUGUUCUUCUUCUCUGCGCUGUACUAUACCGAUGUGGCUUCGACACUUUCUGUCACGAUCUUCUACUGGUACUUCAUUCGAACCAUCCCGAAGAAGCGCGCCACUUUCAUCCAAGGCGCCAUACAGGUCUUGCUAGGGUUGAUCAGUUUGACGUUCAGGCAGACCAACAUUUUCUGGGUUGCAGUCGCUCCCGCGGCUCUGAUGCUUAUUGUCGAGCUUGACAGAGGGCAUCGAGUCGUCAAGGAGUCCAUGUACAGAAAAGCUGCUGGAUUCGGCGAUAACAUCAUCAGUGUUGCCAAGACGAGCUGGAAGAUGGAGGUUAUCUACGACCCUCCAAUUCGAGAUGCCUGGUUUGAAGACUUCUUCCGAACGAUCGUCUCCAUCGUCGCCUGCGCCUGCAAAGCUGCCACCCAACCACAACGCAUCUUGGACCUAAUCUCAGCUCUGGCCCCAUACAUCGUCCUCAUCGCCUCCUUCGCAGCCUUCAUCUUCUGCAACGGCAGCGUCGUCCUCGGCGACAAAUCCAACCACAUCGCCACCAUCAAUCUCCCACAAAUGCUCUACCUCUGGCCCUUCAUCACCUUCUUCUCCUGGCCCCUGCUCCUCCCGCACUUCGCCCUCCUCCCCUUGACCAUCCUCUCCCGCAUCGGCGAGCUCGCCCACCUGGAACCCCUCCUCAUCUUCCGCCGCCGCUACUUCCUCCCGCGCCUCAGCCUCCUCCUCGGCUUCAUCGCCCUGGCCUUGCUCCUCGUCCACUUCAACACCAUCGUGCACCCCUUCCUCCUCGCCGACAACCGCCACUUCCACUUCUACAUCUCCAGGCGCCUGCUCCGCCCCUGGUGGGUCCGCUACGCCGUCACACCACUCUACAUCCUCACAGCCUGGGCCUGCAUCGAAACCCGCGGCGAACCCGUCCCCUCGCCCAAAGCCGCUACAGGCCUCAACCACGCCGCCAAGUCCCAAAGCACCGCGGAUACCCUCGGGAUGACCGACUCCGAACGCCGCGCCUGCCUCCCCGACGGCAAAUCCAGCAGCACCGUCUCCUUCACGCUCGUCAGCCUCGCCACGACGGCUCUCUCUCUCUGCACCGCACCGCUCGUCGAGCCGCGGUACUGCAUCAUCCCGUUCAUCAUCUGGAGAAUGCAUCUUCCGCUGUAUACUGUUGACGAACACGCCGCGAGCGGAGCGAGGAGCGAUUCGAGCAAAGCGAAGAGUGGUAAGGGCAGGACUUGGAAGGCUUUUCUGGAAGCGUAUGACUGGAGAGUUGUGGCGGAGACGGUGUGGUUUCUGGUCAUUAAUGCUGUGACUGGGUAUAUCUUUAUCAGCUGGGGAUUUGAAUGGCCUCAGGAGCCGGGCGUUGUGCAGAGGUUCAUGUGGUAA